AUUACGCAACACUUCCAUGACCAUUGAGCUAUUCAAUCACGACGAAUUUAUUUUCGAUUCACUUUUUUGAUUUCGGUAUAUUUCAUCGAUCGUCAACGUGAGUCGCUCAGGGCGAGACUUCGACACCCUAGACAAUAUGGCUCCGGUCAAGCGCAUAGAGAAAUGGGAGAUCGAUCGCUACUGGGAGAUCUUCUCGUCUCUGUCCAACAACAGCACACAUCUCGAUGGCUCACAAGCCGCCUCGGUCUUGAAGAACUCUCGCCUUCGCGAUGAUCAGCUUGAGAAGAUCUGGGAUUUGGCGGAUGUGGACGGCGAUGGUCGGCUGGACUUUGAGGAGUUUUGCGUUGCCAUGCGAUUGAUCUAUGAUCUCAUGAACGGCGAAUACAUGGAUGUGCCGGCGUCGCUGCCAGAUUGGCUAGUUCCAGAGUCGAAGGCUCAUCUGGUUCAGGCUAGUCGUGCAAUGGCGACAGGCGGUCGAGACGAACGCUUCACCAGGGACUUCGACGACGACGACGACGAUGCGCAAGGCUUGAAGGAUGGAUUCGACUGGUACAUGAGCCCAUCCGACCGGGAGAAAUACAGCGAGAUCUACACAACUUCACGCAAUGCUCGGGACGGACUGAUCUCUUUCGAGUCGCUACAAGAUUUAUAUUCGAGCCUCGAUGUCCCAGACACGGACAUCCGCAGCGCCUGGAAUCUCGUCAACCCGAAGAGCGAAGAGGGCAUCAACAAGGAUGCCUGCCUCGCUUUCCUUCACAUCCUCAACAAUCGGCACGAAGGCUACCGCAUCCCACGAAAUGUGCCUCCGAGCCUGCGCGCCACGUUCGAGCAAGGAAGAAUAGAAUACAACGUAGAUCGCGCGGCUGCACAGCAGAGCGCCGCUGAACGGUGGGGCACAAAGCGCGAUGACAACACAGUCAGUGGCCGAAAGGCAAAAUUCGGCGACACCUAUCUCUCGCGCCUUGGUGUCGGAGAGAAGAAGCCCAAGGGUACCGAUUUCAGCAGCACACCGCGGGACAGCGAAUGGGAGGAAGUGCGCCUGAAGAAGCAGCUGCGGGAGUUGGAGGAGAAGAUGAACAAGGUUGAGCAAGCGGCACAGAAACGUCGAGAUCGAGGUGGUCGGAGAGACGACUCGCGGCCCGCUCUGGUCAAGCGUGAGCUGGAACAGCUGCUGGACUACAAACGGCGGGAGUUGCGUGGUCUUGAGAAUGGAGAUGGAAAGGCACAGACUGGCAACACGUCGCAGAAUUUCAAUGACGAGAUCGCUAUGGUGAAAGAGCAGGUAGAUGGGUUACAAGAUCACCUGAGGACACGCGAAGCUGUGCUGCAGCAAGUACGGGAUGAAAUUGAGGCAGAAAAAGCCAGCGGCCGGUGAUAGAAUUCGUACUCUAAUCUAUUGGUGACCCUAGAGCAACAUUGGCUGCCUUUUCAAAAUGCCGUUCCACUGUAAUUGAUCUUCGAGGCGUCGCUGAACGUGCAAAUCACGCCAGGAUGCUGUGUUUCAAUGUAAUUAAAUGUCACCUCGUCGGAUGGACCUCCCU